CUUGAGCCGCGCGGGAUUGUGGGGGCGGGAACGUCACGGCGGCAACUUUCAACGACAAGACGGCGGAGCGGCCGCGGGCCGGGCCUGGGCCUGGCUCAGGAAUCAUUGCCGCUGGCUCACCUCCCCGCAUCUUGGAGAGCGACAGGACAAUGGCUUGUAGUAUCCAGAAGUUGUUUUCUGUUGGAGAAGAGUUUGACGAUGAUGACGAUGAUGAUUUGUUAUCAGCAGCAUUGGAUGCUGAAAGCACUGCUAUCAGCACAUCUGGAACUAUGCCUAGUGUUGGGUUAAGGCCCAUUACUGCAGCCCUUCGAACACCAGCUAGUUCAUGUUAUGAACCUGAAAACCUGUUAUGCAGCACUGAAGCUCAGAGGUAUUCUCAAUCUGAACCUGAUUCUGUCUCCAUUAAUAUAACCAGCGAUGAAAAUCAUACACCGAAAACAUUGACAGCAUCUUUUGGCGUCUCUUUGAAAUCACCACCGUGGCUAAAGAUGCAGAAUUCAGCCCCUACUUCCAAUUUUUGUAGAAACGCCUUGCAAAAUACCUCCUUAAAAUUAAUCACGGACGUAGGAAAAGAAGAUGAUGACUUGUUCUGGCCUGGUUCUGAAAAGUUGAGUGAAGCUGGGAAUAUACAUAUUUCCAAAUUGGCCAAGACCAGGACAUCAACCUCUUAUGAAACAUGUCCUUCAACUCCUGAAGAUGAGUCUUCAAUAUAUUCAGGAAGUGAUCAUGCUUUACCACCAGCCAAAAUUCCACGGUUGCCAGGAGGGCUUUCAGAAGCUGAUAAUGGCAGGAGUAGAAUUUCCAAAAAUGGUCAAGAAAAGUUUGUAAUGAAUAAUUUUGAGGAUGUAAGCGAAACGUACAAGUGCCUUAAUCGUCCAUCCUCUAGAUUCAACCAGUUUCCAAUUAGUUUAACCAAUGUCAUGACUGAUGUUGUUGCAAUGAAAGGUACCAACUCUUUCCCUGGUCAGAUAAGUGAUAAUCAUUGUUACACAGAUGAACAACCUAGAUCCGAUUCCAAAUUAUGUAGUCCUAUUCCAUUGAGCAUAAUCACAACAAAACAAUUAUCAACACCAAUACCACAAAAUCGUUUUAGAAAACAUGUAACAGGUAAUACCAUUAGUCCAGGUAAAAUUGUCGCCCCAAGUUUGAAGAAAUUUGCAGAACAUCAGAAAAUGAGCUCUACUGCCUUGAGAAACUGUCCAAAUUCAACACUGUUGAGCCCAAGGACUCCUCUCAAUAAUACUUUAACCUCCGUACUCUCAAAUGGAUGCCUCAGAAGACCAAUUACAUCCACAAGUGAAUCUCGAGCACUGUUAUGCACUAUAGACAGACCUUCAGUUACUGUGGGAGCUCAGUACUCACCAGCAGCAAAUUCAAGUUGUGUGGGAACUCCAGUAACCAAUCACCUAAUACAGUUGGUAUCGGCUGCUAAUCGGACACCAGAAAUACAAAAGGUGGACAGACCGCGGGCAAAAAGACGUUUUCCUGGACCUGCUGGCAUCCUUCCACAACAGCAUCAUGGUAAAAACCUGGAUGAAGUCAUGAUUUCUGCCCCACCCACACCAACACAUGGAGCAAUUCCAAAACUACACCCUGAGGAAGAUCUGAGUUCUCAACAAUCUGUUGAAGAUGACUUUGGGAGAGGCCCAUGGGCUACCAUGAAGGAAGAUUUGAGGUUGGAUGAAGGAGACAUUCGCUGCUUCCUUCGAAAUUAUAGUAUUGUCAUGGUUCUUCGAAAGGCGGCCUUAAAACAGCUCCCUAAAGGCAAGGUUCCCCACAUGGCUGUGCUUGUGAAGUCGCUGACUCGAACGAACACAGAUGCCAGCGCUGUUUUUAAAGAUCCAUCAGGUGAGAUGCAAGGUACCAUUCACAGACAACUUCUGGUUGAGCAACCGAAUGAUUUAAAAGUUGGAACGGUUCUCCUCCUGAAGCAGGUUGGUGUAUUUUCUCCAUCACUUCGAAAUCAUUAUUUGAAUAUAACACCAAGUAAUGUGAUUAAAAUAUAUCCGCAAGGUGCCACGGAAUACAUUCAUAGUCAACUGGCCCAGAGCUCCCAGAACUCUAUUGGACUUCUACAGGUAUCUACCGUUGACUUGCUAGAAUCAAGAUGUGGCAAUUCUUUAAUGACAGAGAAAAUCCCCUGCACAGCCUCUACAUCUUUGGACUGUCAGACACCUACCAGGACAAGAAUGGGAACCAUAGAAGCAUCUGGAUGUGAAAGCACAGCAUCACAGGGACAAUGUGAAGAAGAAUGGGAAACAGAUGAUUUUGAUUGCUUGAUGGCUGAAUUGCCAGAGGAAUUCUUCUCCCAAUAGAACAUCCUGUGUAGUAUAUGAUUUCAUCUUGGGAAGCUGCUUAUUUAUUUAUUUUGCCUCUGCUCAAGCUGAUAAUUGUGUUUAAAAUAUUCAUUGGAUUUUAGAUUAACAUGAGAUCAUCCAGUAUUGCUACAAAUAAGACUUGAAAUUAUGGUCAUUAAGGAGACGUUCUCUGUUAGAAUGUGAGUCAGCCUCUAAUGUGGGGCUCUUUUUGCACGGAUGUACCGAAGCAGCCUUUGUACAUUAUUUAAAUUAUUAUUUUUGUCCAUUUAAAAUUAACUGGAAUGCUAAUUUGUAAUCGUUCAAAUUUGGAUGUUUUGUUAAACCUUGCUGUACAUCAAUAUUGCUGAUAUUUGAAGAUUAUUAAAAUAUGGUUUUGUGUUGAUG